AUUGUCUGCUUUUCUUCAACUUGGUCUCACUUUUCCUCUCCUGUCAUUACUUAACCACCGCACCUUAACACCGCCGCCGCAUUAAAACCCUCCCGCCGAUGGCGCCGGUGCAUCUAGCUCCCCCAGACUUCUCCAAAACGCAACGCUUGGUCCUCCUCGUAGAUCUUCACCCACUUCUCGCCGUGCGAAAUCCUUCCUCCUACAUCGCCGCCGUCAUAUGCGCCGCCGACCGCCUCCUCCGCUUCCCUCCUCUCUCCGCUUCUCUUUCCGCCUUCAAGCUCUUCUUGUCCUCCCUCUCCCCCCACCGCGCCGAAGCUGUUCUCCCCCGCCACCUCUCUACGACGCCGACGCCCCUCUCCUUCAAUCUUGCUCCCCAAACCCUAGAUUCUCUCUACACCGCCUUAAACUUCAUUCCUCUCAUUUCCGAUCUGCAAAAUGAGCCGUUCAGCUCGCGUGCUUCAUAUACCGCCAGCUCGUUGGUCCAGUUGAUUCAUGACUCUGUAUGGGAGACCGAGAAGAAAAAUGAUAGCUUGUCUGGUGAGGAUUCUUCUAUUGAUAGCGGAUUUAUGAAAAUUCCUUCGAAUAUGGUUAUUCUAUUUUCACCUAUUUCUCAGUCAGUUGAUAAUUUGGUUGAUUAUUUGGAAAUGCGUGAUUUUGAUGAGGUGUAUUGUGCUGUAAAAGAGGCAUUUGCUAUGAGGGACAUUCGUUUGUGUUGGGUAGAUGUCAAAGCUGAUGCCUUAGAAACUGAAGUGGCUGAUAUCAAGAAAAACGAUGGUAGGGAUGAAUUACUAAAUUUGAGGAAUUUCAUUGAAAAAAUGGGAUGGGGUUUUUGUUCUAGCGAUAUGAUUGUUCUGGGAUCAGCCUUGCUUCCGUUAGGUCUGAUUUAUCCAAGAAUCGGGGUGUCAUUUAUUAUGGAUUAUGCUUAUACUAAUAAGAUAGAAUCUACUGGGGAGCUGAGCUUAGAAAUACUGGACGUGCACGGGAUGCCAUUAGAAUGCAAAUUUUGUCAUCUUGAGUUUGUGAAGAUAAAUAGUUUGCCUUGCACUCUGAAAAAUGGUGAUAUUCUGAGUGACACUCAGUCCAGAGAUCAACAGAGCUCGCAUGAUAUAGAUGGUUUUUUUCUCGGUUUAGGUGAAGGGAGAGUGAAGGUACAUGUUAAGAGUGUCUGUAGAUAUGACGAGUAUGAGAUUACUGGAGGGCCGUCAGAGAUUUUAUUAGUACGUGAAUUUUUCCAUGUAUCGGGUAAAAUCGAGACAAAGAGUGGCAAUGACUUUCUUGCAGACAGGGUACUUGAUAUGCUGCAUGAAGAGAAGGGUGGAGUUACUUGUACAAAACAACUACCUACAUGGCAAAUGUUCCUGAGUUUUCUUCAUAUACAAAGUUACUUAGCCUUUGUGUCCCUCUUGAGCAAUAGUGGAGAUGCAUUGAUGGGUUGUCUGAAGCCUUUGACAGCUCACUUAGCAAUCCUCUAUGUUAUGGACGGUAGUCAUGUUAUAGUUAGAAAUACUAGUGGUUCCAAUACCAAACCCUCAACAUCUGGUAAUUGCAUACAGUACAGGGAUGGGAAAAUGAGAAAGAGCCAAAGAAACUUAUAUCAGAAAAUGACAUGGAAUUCCUUCUGCAAAGCUGCCUUUGAAAGAUCUAAUUUAAACUUGAUUGAUUUUUACCGGGCUAGAUAUGAAAAUUCCAAGAGGCUAAAGUUCCUUACGUGCUGGAUGAAACAAAUUAGUAAAGUCGAUGUGGAUUUAUCAACAGCACUACCUGGAUCCAACUCAGUCGGGGAAUUAGCUGCUUCUAAUGCAUUUUUAUCUAAACCAUCUACAGCAGAAGAUGAAGCUCAUCUCGUUCCAAGCUCGGAGACUUCAGAAAAGUUUUUCAACAAUCUUUCACAGAAAAUGCAGCAUGGCCUGGAAUCAGGAAUGGACUUGCAGAGUCUGGCAGAGCAUGUUGUCAAAUCAUCGGUUCACUGGUUAAGUCGUAACUGUGAAAUUGGAAGUAAUUCAGAACGUCAACAAUUGCUGGGAAUUUCAGAUGAUUCUCAGAGUGACAGUGUUGGUAAAUUAGUAAAACAGCUACUAAAGUCGCCUAAGGAAAUGAAGGAUAUACACCAGGAUUUGAAAUCCUGUUCGACUGAAAAUAUCAUCAGAAUUGUUUCCUUAACUCCCAUUAGAUACGAAUUGCAGAUUUUUCUUCGUAUAGAGAUUCUGAGAUCUGAAGGUGUAGCCAUUUUCAGAGAAUCUAGAAAAAAGAAGCUGAUGAAGCAGAUAUGUUAUAUAUUAGAGAUCAUACAGUACCUCAUAGCAGGCGGAGUUCAUGGUCAUGUUAGCUUAUAUGAUUAUGUUGAACGGACUAUUAGAGCAAGGUACAUCGAUAAAGUUGAAGACAUCGUGGAAAAGAUAUAUAAAGAAAUGGACUUACUGCCAUUUGGUGACGAGGAACAAACUCCGAUCCUUUUGUUCAACAGUGAGGACAGCGACCAAUCGUGGAGGGACAAGUGUAACAUUAAUGAAAGAGUUGAGACCAAUAACAUUAGUCAUUCUUUCUCUACUGAAGGUGAAACCUCACAGCUCCCUAUAAACAAUCUCGAUAGCCCGCAAGAGAUUGGGCAGGACGAGUACACCCGAAUCCUACACGAAGCCCAUGAGAGGAGGGAGCAGGCCCGAAGGCGUGCCCCUUUUGUGGGCAAGGCCCGUGAUUUGCAGCGAGUGUGGGCCCCAAAACUGCCGAAUGUGACGAAAGGCAAGUUCUGUUCUGGCCCAAGCAAAUAUAAGAGGAAGAAGGAUAGAGAAUAGUUUUGUACUUGUAUAUGAGACUCGAAUGGUGGGAUAUAAACGGGCUUGCUCGGGAGUAAAUUGGCAAUGGAGAUAAAACGCACGACGAGCCUGGAGGACAACUGAUGAUAAAUGGGAUGUGAUGUGAAAGUGAAACCAUAUGAUUGAGAAAAUUGGUGAUGAAGAUGUUUAUAUUGUAUUCUCUUUGCCAGGUUACACAUUGUCUUUGUGAGGUACUUGAUUCAACUCUCUAAAGUGUAGUUGAUUUUCACAUUUUUCUUUCAUUUUGAUGUAAAGGAAUCAUAUUAAUAUUAGAGCUGGGAACUACAGCGCGGCCAUUGUCGGGAGCGUUUGAGGAAAUUAAUGAAAGUUUGCAUUUUUGCAGUUUAAUUAAG